CAUCAGCAGUUUUCUCACAUCACUAUAAUUCUAAACUACGUGUGUGUGUGGUCGUCUUGUUCCUGCGUUUCGCUUCACUUAAAAUUUAAAUAAAACUCAUUAAAAUGGCACCUCCAUCGUACAGCGAUUUGGGCAAGCAGGCUCGCGACAUCUUCAGCAAAGGCUACAACUUUGGCCUGUGGAAGCUGGAUCUGAAGACCAAGACCUCGUCGGGUAUUGAGUUCAACACAGCUGGUCACUCGAACCAGGAGUCUGGCAAGGUCUUUGGCUCGCUGGAGACCAAGUACAAGGUCAAGGACUAUGGCCUCACUCUUACCGAGAAAUGGAACACAGACAACACUCUCUUCACCGAGGUGGCUGUGCAGGAUCAGAUGCUCGAGGGCUUGAAGCUGUCGCUUGAGGGUAACUUUGCCCCACAGUCUGGCAACAAGAGCGGCAAGUUCAAGGUCGCCUAUGGCCAUGAGAAUGUCAAGGCCGAUUCCGAUGUCAACAUUGAUCUGAAGGGUCCAUUGAUCAAUGCAUCGGCUGUGUUGGGCUACCAGGGCUGGUUGGCCGGUUACCAGACCGCCUUCGAUACACAGCAGUCCAAGAUGACCACCAACAACUUUGCCCUUGGCUAUUCCACCAAGGACUUUGUUCUGCACACAGCUGUCAAUGAUGGCCAGGAGUUCAGCGGCUCUAUCUUCCAGAGAACUUCCGAUAAACUGGAUGUGGGCGUUCAACUGUCGUGGGCCAGCGGCACCAGCAACACCAAGUUCGCCAUUGGCGCUAAAUAUCAACUGGAUGAUGAUGCCAGCGUGCGCGCUAAGGUGAACAAUGCCAGCCAGGUUGGCUUGGGCUACCAACAGAAGCUGCGUGACGGCAUCACCUUGACCCUCUCCACGCUGGUCGAUGGCAAGAACUUCAAUGCCGGUGGCCACAAGAUCGGCGUUGGCCUCGAGUUGGAAGCCUAAACUAGAUGUUAACAAGCUGAAAAUGCGCUGCCAGCAAUUUGCAAAAGAUUAACAACACCAGUACUAAAAUCAACAAUAUUAACUAAUUGCAAAGUGUAACAACAACAAGAGCAACAAAUACACAGUAAUAAUAACAAUUACACACAAGAAUCUUCAUGUUUAGCAAUGCAUUUGCCAACAAAGCGGCUCAAAAUGUAUCAAUGAACUUGCUUUCGAUCUGUCGGUCUAUCGAACAACGGUCUACAUACACACACACAUACACAUUUCAAGCAAGUAAGCCUAAUCCGUGUACCGAGUAGUUUUGUUUAGUAUAUUACAUAGCUAAAGUAAAAUACAAUUAAUUGUUGGCAAAAAGUGAAAAAAAAAAAA